AUGUCUGAUGUGAGAUUUUUCUUGAUUUCAUUUGAUUCGAAUAAUUUGGAAAUUUCAGAGUUCUGAAAUGGCUGGAAAAUCUGCGGCUCAUUUGAUAAAACGAGUUUUGAUGGUGCCACCAAAGCACUUCACAGUGGAAUAUACAAUAAAUCCAUGGAUGGGAGGAGUUGUUGAUCAGAAAAAGGCAUUCGCACAAUGGGAAGGUUUAAAAAAUGCGAUUGAAAAGGAAGGAGUUCAAGUAAGUGUGAAUUACUAAUCGAAGAAUAUAAAAAAUGAAUGUAUUUCAGGUUCUUACUAUGGAUCAAACAAAAGGCCUUCCUGACCAAGUUUUCGUUUGUAAUAGUGGUUUGGUUUAUAAUAACAAAGUAUAUUUGUCAAGAUUUAGACAUAAGGAAAGAAGUGGAGAACAACCACUUUAUUUGGAAUGGUUUAAGAAAAAUGGAAUUGAGACAAUUGGAGAGGGUUAUGAAGAGGUUUGUCAACAUUUUUUCAUUGAAAGUUUUUUGAGAAGCUUUGUGGCUGUAUUAAAAAUCUAGAUGUAGUAACCGAAAAAUUCUGAAAAUAUCUGAAUUACUGUAGAUGAGAGAGUUUGACAAACAUUCCAAAAUUUCUGAAGAUCGCUUUUGGAAAAACCUACAGUAUCUCAAAAAUUGAUUAAUAAAUAGGCCAAGUAAAUAUGUUAUCACAAAGCAAAAUGUGAGCUGCUCUAUAGCUCAUUUUCCCCCUUCUCUUUGCUUCGCUCCGCCCCCUCUACACACAAAAUAUAGCAACAUGCACAACUCGUCGAGUGUCGGUGAACGCACACAUUUAUAUGUUUGAGAGCAGGCAGCUCAUAAACUUACCUGGUUGGUGAUACUCCGCGAUCAUCAAGGCGGCGUUCCUAUGGCGAGGCCUAUUCAUUGCACUUUCGAAUGGGCUGACCUGUAUGGCAAUCUCGAGUUGAGAUUCGCCAACAACUAAAUUUUUGCGUAAUCGGGAACUUCGGUUCCUGAAAAAUAAAUGAAAAUUUUCAAAGAAGUAAGACGUUCUCAUGUCGUUGCAGCACUUUUUGACACCUCGUUAAUACAGAUUUUUUUCCUGAAAAAAACAAGAUAAUCUGGAAAAUAAAUCAUAUUUUUGGUGGAACAAAUUACUUCCCAUCCGAAAUUUCUAAACCUUGAUUUUUUGCAGGUGUUCGAAGGUGGUGGUGAUGCAGUCUUUUCUGAUCCUAAAACUCUUUGGGCUGGUUAUGGAGAAAGAUCAUCGAAAAAUGUCUACGAAAAAGUUCAAAAACUCGGAACAUUUGAAACUGUGCUCUGUGAUAUGAUUUUGCCGAAUUUCUAUCAUUUGGACACUUGUUUCGCACCAGUUGAUGAAAAUACUGCAAUUUAUUAUCCACCGGCAUUUUCAGACAGAACUAAUCAAGAGGUUCGUUGUCUUUAUUUUUAUUCACAAUAAAGUUUAAUUUUUUUCAGAUCUUGAAACGUCUUCCAAACUCGAUUGCUGUUUCUGAAAAAGAGGCAAAUGCUUUUGUUUGCAAUGCAAUUACAAUUCGAAAUACUGUGAUUUCACCGAUUGGAGUCGAAGAGAAAACCAAAAAAUCAUUGGAGAAGUUGGGAAAAUCGGUGACAGAAGUUGAUAUGAGCGAAUUCAUGAAAAGUGGAGGAGCUUGUCAAUGUUUGGUUUUGAGACUUUAG